UCUGAUCGUAAGUUUCAUUCAUGUUCCUUCCAAGGCUUUAUCGAUCUCCAAGUAGAUAAAUCGGAUCUGUGCAAAGCGAUUGAUACAUGUAGGAAUCAUUGCAUCGAGUAUAAACCCUAAUUUUAAAGGCCUGUGUGAUUAGGUCAGUUUUUUAUGGGAGCACCCGUUAAAAACCCAAGUAGUGAUGGUGAGUGGACAGUGGUCUUACCUAGUAAAAGAAGACAAGGGAGGAGAAAACCAAAACCUAAGGUUCAUGAAGAAGAAGAGAAACCAUGGAAGUCAGAUGAUCUUGAAGUUGAUAUACAGAGGCAAGCGAGAUUAAAGAAGAAGAUGGAAAGCUCCAUCAAGAAACUCGAGAGCUCAAAAUUCUACACUGCUUUAAUAGAACAGCUCAAGUCUCCAGAAGUUUCAGACCAGUUUCGCCUCGUGUUAGGCACUGAAACACAGCUUCAGAUGGUGGUGUAUGGUAUAGGAAGCAUCGAAGCUUAUGAAUCUCCGAGGUUUCAGCUGAGCAUUGCGGUUUUGAUGAAGAGAGAGUUUCAUUGGGUUGGUAACAUUGAAGUAUUCGACCCUAUCCUCUCCGCGACUGAAUCUAGUGUCCUAGAAUCUAUGGGAUGCACUGUUCUGUCUGUGAACGAGCAAGCUCGGAGGGAAGCUUUGAAGCCUACUCUUUUCUUCAUGCCGCACUGUGAGGCCAAUCUGUACAACAACCUGUUGCAAGCUAACUGGAGAGUGGAUCGAUUGUGCAGAAUCGCGUUGUUUGGGAACAGCUUUCAGAUGUACGAGGAGCAAGUGACUGUUGACCCGGAAGUCAUCCGUGCCACUAAACGGAUCAUAGCUGCAAGAAGGAUCACUCGUGAGUUUGCCAUUGAGACGGUAGCCGAUGAUUAUUUUCCAGCGUUUCAUGAUUCAAGCUGGCAUUUUUUCAGUUCUGGUUUAGAUUCCGAGCUGCCAUUGUUGGUUUCAGAGGGAUCAUAGAUCAUUGUUUUCAUAAUUUUAGCCAUAAGAAAAGGGACAAACCAAUUGAAGCCGUUGUUGAUGGUCUUCCGUUUAUGUCUGUAACAGUCAAUUUGAUUUGAUUCAAUAUUCCAGUAGAAAAUGGAAAUGUUUUCACAAAUGAACAUGUUUCACCCUAUUGUUGUGCUUAGCAAACGGUUUUCACACCAGGUUUUGUGUUUCUUGUGUGACGAGAAGUUGUGGUAAUCAGUUGCUAUAA